AUGAGCUUUGUCAAGCGCGGCAUCGUUGAUUGCCUGAUCUUCAAGCCAACGGUAAGCUCAGCAGACAAUGAAGCAUUGCAGCGUAACGCUAAAAUCGACAAAACCAUCAAAACUGAGAAGAAGGGGAUGGCGAGAACAAUGAAAAUGCUCUUGCUUGGGGCGGGUGAAUCCGGGAAGUCAACAAUCGUGAAGCAGAUGCGUCUAAUCUAUUCAGAUGGCUUCUCCGAGGAUGAACGUCAACAAUCGCGAGCUGCUAUAUAUUCUGGUAUUGUUUCUGGCCUCAAGGCACUGUUCGAUAUCAUGAGGACGGAAAAUAUUGAUUUCGAGACCCAAAACAAUAAGUGCCAGGCCAAAUUUAUUCUCAAAACAGAUCAUGCGGCGGAUAACGAUAGGUCUGCAUGGGCAAUGGCGACUUGCAAUGCUGCGAAGGACGUGUGGGCCGACCGAGGGGUCCAGAGGGCUGCUGCGCGGAGUCGCAACCUUGCUUUCCACGAUAACCUUCUUUACUUUUUGGAUUCCAUUGAUCGCAUAUCCUCCCAAGGUUGGCUCCCCAACGAUCAAGACAUGCUACACGCUCGCCAGAGAACAACAGGAAUUUCCGAAACCUUCUUUGAAUUAAGAAGUAUGAACUGGCGUAUGAUUGAUGUGGGCGGUCAGCGAUCAGAACGAAGGAAGUGGAUCCACUGCUUCGAGGACGUUGGAUGUCUUGUUUUUGUGGUUGCGCUUUCGGGCUACGACCAAUGUUUGGCUGAAGAUCAAAAUUCGAAUCAAAUGUCAGAGGCAAUGAUGCUCUUUGACACACUAGCAAAUGGUGACUGGUUCAAACUUAAACCUAUCAUUCUCUUCUUGAACAAAAUAGAUAUCUUUAAGAAGAAGGUUGCCAUCUCGCCCAUUUCUGAAUACUUUUCGAGUUUCAGAGGCUCAAGUACGGAUUGGCGUGCAGGCGCAAAGUAUUUUGCAGAUCUUUUCCGAGGCAUCAACAGGAUUUGCGAUCGCGAAAUCUACGUACACUACACCAACGCCACCGAUACCACCUUGCUGAAAGCAACCAUGACCUCCAUCGAGGAUAUGAUCUCUCAGAAAAACCUUCGGUCUUUGAAUUUAUAG